AUGUCCGCACAACCGCACCUCCGCAAGCUGCGUAAGCUCAAGCGCGCCAACCCGUCUCAGGAGGAGGAGGGCGUCGCGAGGGUGCUCUUUGAAUUGGAAGGCUCCCACAAGACUCUCCGCGCGCAGUUGCCCCGCUUCCAUAUAAACACUGUUCGCACGUCGUCGAGUCCCCGUCACAAGAAGACAGCUAUGAUCAUUUUGUACCCGUUGCGUUUUAUCAUGCUUGUACGCAAGAUUCAGCGAACGCUUACGGCAGAGCUCGAGAAGCGCUUCCCCGGAAACAUUGUUGUGCUUGUUGCGCAGCGCAAGAUAACGAAGCGACCGAAUGAUGUGUACAAGCUUCAGCAGGUGCAACGUUCCCGUACGAGCGUAGCGGUGUUUGAGAAUAUCUUGAAUGAUCUUAUAUAUCCGUGUGACGUGGUGGGCCGCCGUUGGCGUUACCGUACGGAUGGGAGUAAGCUGAUGAAAGUGUUCUUGGACGCCCGUGACCGCAAGAGGGUGGAGUCGAGACUUCCCCUUCUUGCCCACGUCUACAAGUUGUUGACGCACCGAACUGUCACCUUCGGGUUCAUGUGGAACCCUAAGUUGCAGCAAGUGUCCUCCCGGUAG